ACAAAAAAAAAAAAAAUAAGUAAAAUAAAAAAGGUGAAAAAAUCCAGUUUUCAAAUUCAUCUAAAUUUUUCGUACUAAGAAGUACGUACCAGCACAUAAGCACCCACAUAGACACACUGGAUGCAAAUGAGAAUCAUUAUGUCUAUACACAUCCGCUUCAAGUUGUUAUGGUAGAUCAGGCAAUACAAGCGGAUCACGCCGAUAUAGUUGCGAACGUUUUCGAACCACCUAAUCCAAAUGGAGAGAAUUCCACGAGUGAGCCGAAUGAGCAGCUCAAUGAGAAGGAGCCCGAGCCGGAACCAAAAGAGACGGAUGUGCAGAGCUAUGCUGGAACUGAGAGCAUAUCGAGCAUUAGCACUGGACGCGAACAUGGACUACUUCUUCCGCCCACAAAAGUUAACCAAGAGCACUUGCUGGAGUUCAAAGCGGGUCGCAUGAAUUUGAUCGACAAGCAGGUGAAGCCCGAUGUACGGCAUGGCAUGAUCUAUUUGCAUUUCGAUGCCAAUGAACAUUUACACUUCUGCUGGAAAGACCGUCAUGCGAAAUAUCCAGAGCUGGACAUUAUCACUGAGCCGGGCAAUCUCGAGUUUCUACAUGUCGAGUCCUGUAAAACCGGCCGCAUCUAUGUGCUCAAAUAUAAGAAUACGAUUGAUCGAUAUUUUUUCUGGAUGCAAGAUCCGCACCAUGAGCUCGACUCGAACAUCUGUUCGCGUGUCAAUGAUCUGCUUCAAUAUGGCAAGCCAAUGAACGAAAGUAGCUCGGACAGCUCUCGCCUCUAAUAGUUUUACAUACGGCCGAUACUUUUAGCUAAAUGAUACGAUUUUACAACACACACAUUUAUGUAAUUUGGUAUGUUUUAUAAUAAUGCCAGCUAAUGGCAUUUACAAACAUUUAUAUGGAAAUUUUCUGCGACAAAAGUUUGACAAACUUUCAAUAAACGGU